ACUGAUUCGUUUCAAUCGCAUCUGUUCUUCUCUCUCUUCCUCUCUAAAGAAAACACACUACAAAGCAAGGCAUGGGAAACAAGGCAAACCCAAAUUAAGGAGAGAAGCAAAACAAAUAAAGUAGGUGAAAACAAAGUGGAGAGAUGAGAAGGGUCAUGGUGGCCUCUCAACAGACAUAAUUCAUUUACUACUCUCUCUGUCUCUCUCUCUCUAGAAAACUCCCCCUCUUCCUCCCCCUCUCUCUAUCUAUACAUCUGUCUCUAUUUUUUCUUUGAUUUCUUUCUCUCGUUGAAGAGUCCGUCUUCUUCUCUCCUUUCAUGCUUGUUAUGUGCCCCUGUUAAUUACUCCCCUCCGCUCCCACAUUGCUCCAUACCCUUUUUCUCCUCUCCCUUUAUCUUCUCCUCAAUCCCCAUAUUUCUUUCUUGUUAUCCUUUUAUGGCCGUUCAAGCUCAGUACCCAUCCAAUGUUCUUCUUCUCAACAGAGGCGUGCAAGACGGGAAGAUUGAUUGCUCUUUACAACCGCAGCCGGGUGGGUUUCUGGACCAAUCCCAUAUGUUGUUUAACAAUGGAGUGGUGGCAAAUAGCCGGAAAAGAGGAAGAGAAGUGUUUGGCAACACCAAUACUGGCGGUGUAGUUGCGCCUACGGUGAAUUCAUUUCCGCUUCAGCCUCAGCCUUCUCAGCUUAUAGACCUCUCCGUCCUCCACAAUCACCAGCCAAAUGUGGUGUCCACCGGCCUCCGCUUAGCCUUUGGAGAACAACACCUUCAACACCCCCAACAACAACAACAGCAGCAGCAGCAGCAGCAGCAAAAUCAACAACAACAAUCAGCUGUAUUAUCUCUAUUAUCAGAAGAUUUCACUGCCCAAAUAAAACACCAAAGGGACGAAAUCGACCAGUUCCUUCGAGCCCAGGGAGAGCAGUUGAGGCGCACAUUAGCGGAGAAGCGGCAGAGACACUACCGUGCCCUGCUCGGCGCGGCGGAGGAGUCUGUUGCCCGGAGGCUGCGAGAGAAGGAGGCCGAGGUGGAAAAGGCCGCCCGGUGCAACGCGGAGCUGGAGGCUCGGGCGGCCCAGCUUAGCAUGGAGGCUCAGGUUUGGCAGGCAAAGGCUCGGGCACAGGAGGCGACGGCGGCCUCGCUGCAAGCACAGCUGCAGCAGGCUAUGAUGAGCGGAGGAGGGUGCUCACAGGAUAGGCGUGGGGAGGAGGGGCUAGGAUGCGCGGUGGGCACAGAGGGUGGGGGAUGCAGCGGGCAAGCGGAGGACGCUGAGUCGGCGUAUAUCGACCCGGAACGAGUGAAAUCGUCAGGACCGAUGUGCAAAGCGUGUAGGAAGAGAGUGGCGUCAGUGGUGCUGUUGCCGUGUCGGCAUUUCUGCAUCUGUACACAAUGUGACGGCGUGGUACAAGCCUGUCCUCUUUGCCUCUCCCUCAGAGAUUCCAGUGUUGAAGUCUUUCUUUCUUAAGCCCCAAACCUCAACCUCAACCCCAGGAUUGCAGAAGAUGGGGAAAAAAGAAAAAGAAGAAAAAAAAAAUGAAAGAAAAACAGAAAAACAAAAAAUCAAAUAAUAUGAAGUAUAAUAAGAAGCAUAUUUCCCCCCUUUUUUGAAGCUUUGUUUCCACCCACCCAAGACUGAAAUUUUCUUGUUUUUGUUUUCUCUGUUUUUUUCUCCCCCUUACCCCUCUUGGAGUGGAAGUACCUAGAGGUAAUGUACAUGGCCACAUGGGCAGUGGCAUUGGUUUUUGUUCUUUCUUUUUUGAAAUUUAAUUCAUAUAUAAAUUCUUUUA